AUGGCGACCUCCUUUGACUUCAACAGCAUGGCCAGGCGGGCCGACGCUGGCGAUGCCGCCAACAUGCCCUCGCCGCCGUCGCCUGUGCAGCAUGAUGCGCCGUCGCAUCACCCGCACCACCCGAGCAAUGUCACCGUCUAUCAGACGACUGGCCCUGACGCUCAUACUGGCCCAAUUCUCGCGCCGGGUUCGGGCGCCCCGGCACUGAACCCGCGAUCCUGCGUCACCUGUCGUCGGCGCAAGGUCCGUUGCGACAAGCAGAUGCCCUGCUCCAACUGUCGUCGCGCCCUCAUCCCGUGCGUCUUCCCAGCUCCAGGACGGGCGCCUCGUCAGCAGCGGCCCAAGGACCCAAACGCGCCGCCAAAGAACUCGACCCAGCGCGAGGUAGAGCUUAUCAAGCGUCUGAGGAAGCUCGAGGGCAUCGUGGAAGAGCUCAGCGGCCAGAUAGAGGUUGAGUCAGGCAAAGCGCCUUCGACCGCUAGCUCUCCGACGGGUGCCUUGGAAGGUCUGCAGCAAAGGCAAGGAUCCGGAAGCCUGGACUACCUCGCCACAGGCAGCCCGCUCUCGAGGAACCCCGACUCGACCACCGCUCAGGAUAACGAAGCUGCCAUGAAGAAGGAUAUGCAAAAGAACUUUGGUCGGAUGGUCCUCGACGACCAUAGUGGCACGCGACGAUACGUCAGCAGUGGGUUUUGGUCCAAGUUGAAUGACGAGCUGGAUUCUAUCCGCGAGGAAACGCAGCGUCUCACUGAUGAAGACGCCGACGACUCGGAAUACGAGGGCACACCUACAGACUCACCCGCAACAGGCGUUGGAUCCCUCUCCGACCACCAUUCGUUUGUGCUGGGGUACCGGUCGGCAGACGUGAGCCUGAAAAAGUGUCAUCCAUUGCCGUCUCAUGUCACUUUCCUGUGGUCCGUAUAUCAGGAAAACGUCGAACCGCUGGUGAAGUUACUACAUGUCCCAACCACGGACCUUGUGAUGCGCGAGGCCAGGAGAAACAGCGACAAGCUCUCACCAGGGAACGAGGCUCUGGCAUUCGCCAUCUACUUUGCGGCAAUCACAUCUCUUGAACCAGAAGAGGUCGAGACCAACUUCGGCUCCAGCAAGGAUGAGCUUCUUGCGCAAUACCGAUUUGCCCUCGAGCAGUCUCUCGCCAAGGCAAACUUUCUAGAUACAUCCGAUAUCGCUGUUGUUCAGGCCUUUGCUAUGUUUUUAAUUGUUGUCAGGCGCCACGACGAGAGUCGAUUCUGUUGGGCCUUGACGGGUCUUUUGAUACGCAUCGCUCAGGGGCUAGGAAUCCACAGGGACGGGACUCACUUUAACCUCUCGCCCUUUGAUACUGAGAUCCGACGGCGCCUUUGGUGGGCCAUACUAAUGCUGGACCUUCGAUCAGCUGAAGAACUCGGCACGGACAUGACGGUUGGCGAGCGGUCAUACGAUACGAAGAUCCCCAGCAACAUCAACGAUGCGGACAUCAGCCCUGAGAGCAUCGAGCCGCCCGCCCCACGAGAGGGCCGGUCAGAUGCUGCCGUAUCGAUCGUUCGGGCUGAGAUUUGCAUUCUUUCACGUCGCCUAGUCACGGCAUCCUCGGCCAUGGCUUCUCUCUGCCCCAAAGUUGAUGAAGGCAGCCUCGAGGAUCGAGAAGCUAUGCUUAUCGACGUAUACCGGCGCAUCGAAAACAAGUUCCUGCAGCACGUUCUUGACGAGACAGAUCCUCUCUAUUGGGUUGCCGCCAUGAUUGCUCGUGUCAUCAUGGCCAAGAUGUGCCUCGUCAUCUACCAGCCGAUGCUCUUCCCCGGAUCCAACUAUGAGCUAUCGAGCGAAAUCAGGCAGCGCAUCUACGUGGCAGCCAUCGAGGUCAUCGAGUAUGGCCAUAAACUGAACACCGACCCCAGAUGCAAGCAGUAUCGUUGGCUGUUCAAGACGUACACCAACUGGCACGCAAUCGCGUAUACCUUGAUUGAAAGCUGCCGGCGACCGUGGACGGCGCUUGUGGAGCGAGGAUGGGAAGCCGUCAACGGAUACGACAAGGACCCCGUCGAGAUUGCGAAGAGAGCAGACCACGCCGCCGUCUUCCUGCCACUCCGGAAGCUGUUCAUCCGUGCCAGAAGGCAUCGGGAGUCAGAGAUUGCCCGUCUCAAAGCGAAUCAGGAAGAGGCGCGUCGCCUGGACUUUGCUGAGCGCAUGAACCCUGCUCAGGCGCGUUUCGGGCCGGUCCCUGGUGCCGAAAACAGGAUGGAGCAGAUCAGAGAGAAGUGGCGGAUGCUGACACGGCCAGAUGGUGCCAGCCCUUCGCCGUACACCUUUGCUUCUCAGCAGCCGUCUACGGGCGCGCCGUCGGCAGCGGAAGGCACGGCUUUAGCCGGUUCAAUGUCGACCGAUACGACGCAGUCCCAACAUUUGAAGCCGCCGGGCGAUCCCGUGCCUCUCCAGAUGGAUUUGUCCUUCGAGGCCAUGCAGUACAUGGACGACCUCAUGUCUCAGCCGAACCUCAAUAUCGCAGAAUUCUACAACGUUGCCGGCGACGAACCCAAAAAUGCGAAUCUGUCCUCUACAGCGAGUCCAAUGCCCGGCUUUCCGAACCGCGUGACAGAGCAACAGGAAGCGGCCCUGCGACAGCAGGCGCUCACGCUUCAGACGCAGCCGCCCAAGGACAGCCACGUGCCGCCGUACCUGUGGAGCGACCCGUUCACCGUGAUGAACACAAAGUUUGAAGACAGCCAAGUGGUGGAGGAUACGGACAUGCUCGGUGACGACUUCAACUGGCAAGACUGGAGCCAGAGCAUACGCGGACUGGAGAUGGAGAGCACGGAUCCUCAAAAAGGAUGGUGA